AUGGCCAGGCCCACCUCGGAUCGCUUUGUCAUCAACAUGUUUCCACAACCUGUCCAAAUGAAUCCACAAUCUGCCGACAACAUCUGGAGCACCAUACGCCACGCGAUUUCCGAAAUUAUGAUCCGCAACAUUUCUAACCUCUCCUUCGAGCAACUCUACCGUUUUUCCUACAAAAUGCUCCUGCACAAGCACGGCGAUUUUCUAUACAAAGGCCUGCUUGAACUCCUCACAGAGCACUUGCAAGGCGUCGCCGCUCUCAUCAAUGUACGCGACGUCCUCAUGUACAUGGACAGGCAUUAUGUCAAGAGCAAGCAAACGAAAACUGUUCAUGAGCUGGGCUUGUCCCUCUUUCGCGACGUCGUUAUUCUCGAGUCUACUAUUCUCCCACGACUCAAGGGCACCUUGCUCGGUAUUAUCGAUGAGGAGAGGAAUGGCGAAGCAGUGGAUACCCAUUUGAUAGGCGCCAUCUCGCGUAUGCUGACUGAGUUGGGCAACAACGAGCUUGGUAAGUCAUUCUGCGUCAAUGUCUUUGAGGAAGAUUUCCUUGAACGCACGAAGCGCUUUUACGCACGCGAGGCACGUUUGUACUUAUCGGAGACAACUUGUUCGGAUUACUUGAGAAAGGCCAAUAUGCGCAUCCACGAAGAGCACAUGGGCGUUGAAUCUUCUGGAACUGCGAACAGAUUCUAG